AUGGGUAAAGGUUAUAUCUCUCGUAUUUUGGCAAGUUCCUUCUACAAUUACAAAAUUUUGGGAAUAGACGUCAACGGUGAAAAGUUACGCUCCAACUUGAGGAUCCAUCGAUUGAUCAACUCAGACAAACAUACGGAUCUCACCAUUGAGGCACCUACGAAUCUACCAAGACAACAGAUUUCAAACAACCUUAUGGCUGUAAAUGCUUUGCUGGAUGAUCGACCGUCUCAAUUGAAUAAUGUUAUCAUGUCGAAUUUACCUUUUUUCUCCUUGGGUAAACCUGUCGGAACAAUGGUCCAAAUCUGUAUUGUGGGGAUGAAUCUUUGUGGGGAUCUUUCCUACAAGGUAGUUGAGAAUAUGUGCUCUUCUGUUGAAAAUGUUUCAUACAGUAUAAAAGCUGCAUCAUUAGUUCCUUGCUGCGCCCAUCUACUUACGACUUUUCCAAUAUCCAAGAAUCUAAAGAGACAAUUUCAAGAUAAGCCAUUCACGUUAUCUCAGAGAUUAGUUGCCUUAGACUUGUGCUACUACAUUCAAGAACACCUCCCAAAUGUCAAACCUUUCUUGAAAGAGUUCUGCGCAAAAUCUGCCAAUGGAGGUAACAAUGUAAUGGUUCAAGCCAUCCUAUUGUGA